AUGGCUGCUACGAAGGUUGAUGAGCAAGGAUACAAGCUUAUCGCAAAGUGGAAUGGAAAGAAAUAUGACCUUGACGUGCAUAAGGAAUACACUGUUGGGCAAGUGAGAAAAAUGCUUCAAAUGCUGACUUGUGUACAACCAAAACGACAAAAGAUCAUUGGAUUGGGGAAAAAAUCGAACUUAGAAGACGAUGUGACAUUAGAAUCUCUGCAGUUGAAGAAUCCACAUUCGUUCAUGAUGGUUGGAUGUGCGGAUGAAGACGUUAUGCUGGAUCAGUCUCAAAUAGAUGCCAUGCCACUUGUUGUGAACGAUCUGGACUGGAAUUAUGAUCCGAGCGAAUACGAGGAAAUGAUUGCAGAUGUUGAAAAUAGGCAAAAACUGCAGGAUACGAUUAAGAAUGUGGAUAUCAGCGUUAUCAACCAACCAAGAAGGGAUAAGAAACUUCUCGUGCUUGAUCUGGACCAUACCCUUCUGCACUUCAAGAACAAGAGAACAUACAAACGACCUUUCUGCUUCGAGUUUCUCAAGGCUGUAUAUCCCUUCUAUGAUAUUGUGGUUUGGUCCCAGACAUCCUGGAAAUGGCUUGAAAUCAAGCUGAUUGAGCUGGACAUUUUCACGAGCACGGACUUCUUCAUCUCUUUUGUUCUCGACCAUUCGGCGAUGUUCACUGUUCGCUCCAAGAGAAGAAAAGGGAAAGAUGGGAAAUUGUGGGAGCAUCAAGUCAAGGCGUUAGAAAUCAUCUGGCAGAAAUUCCCCGAGUACUACAGCGCGAGAAACACGGUUCAUGUAGAUGAUUUGAGUCGAAAUUUUGCUCUGAACCCAAAUCAAGGAUUGAAGAUUAGCAAAUUUGAAAAGACCUCUGCCGAUCCCAACGUCGAAGACACGGAGCUGCAAGUUCUUCAGAGUGCAGAUAUUUGA